CUCAAGAUCUUCCUCUCCAAAUGCCCUUUGCGUCUUUUGGGUUAGAUCCAUGUAAAGGAUUUUGACCAGCUCGACACUCAGCACGUGAUAUCACGAAACCAUGGCAACCGCCGUCAAGCUGGGCUUGCUGGGGCUUGGUGCGGCUGACAAACAGUGCCGGAAUCUGCUGUUCGAGCAGCACUGGUUCAAUGCUGACAGCUCGCGGUCCUUGCGGGAGUUUCCAGAAGUCACCAGCGACCUGCGGCUUUGUGUGGCCUUCAACGGGCAGAAGAACUGCUGCCAAACGGGCCUGGAACAUGAGCAGGCGCUGCACUUUGCUUACUGGCGCCAAAUUUUGCUGGGGAAGAUCGUGCGGGUGAGGCAAGCCAAGAUGGCCACCUUGGAGGUGAAGGAUGAUCCCGCCUUUCAGGAGAGGGAAACCGACCGGGACCAGUUUUUCAGCGCGGUGCAGAAGUACAAGGAGGUGCUGGAGCCCAGCGUCCACGGACGCUGCUUCUCCGCUCUGUUGGUCUACGCGGCGGGGAUGAUCUGCUUCUCCUGCGACGCCCAGUGGCGCCAAAGUGUGCACCGUCCCGAGACAGGCUCUCAGACAAGUCAAAACCCUCUUGGUCGAGGUGCCGUGCCCAGCUCGAGCGCCUCGGUGCUCCGCGUGCGGAUCCCAGCUGGGGACUGUGUCGAGCUGUGGGCGGAGUGCAGCGCGCUGGGGCAGAAGUCCAGGGCUUUGCGGGAGGCCAUCCUGGACUCGCGCUUGGCCAUGCGGUCCCGGCUGCCGGUGGAGUACCUGGAGAUGUUCGAGGACCAGCAAGCGCUCUGCGACUGGGCCCACGACGUCAUCGCCAUGCACCCCUUCACCAGCCCCAACGAGGUGGAGAAGGAGGCCACCCCCCCGGUAUCGAUGCGACGUCUUCAGACAGAGACGACUUUGCACGAAUCGCUUGAACGCGAUAACCUCAGCUUCAUCCGCGAGUACGACGUCAUGAACCAGGGCAGAGCCUCUCGCUUCGACACCUCUUGGAAAGGCUCUCACUCUGCUCACAGUGGCUCUCGCGGCCUGUCCGUGGCCAUGGCCAUUUGCGCCAUUUGCUGGGCCAUUUGGCAAGCUCCAGUCGCCGGAGAAAAAGAGUCCCGCGGGCAUGGCAUGGCUACUGGGACCGAUACCUGUCUGAGGUUGCUGGGAAUCGGGGCGUGA